AUGACUCUUCAAAUACAAACACCCCCCGCAACUGGAACUUCUGCAUCACCACGGCCCAAGCGGGCUCGUUACUCUGUCCUACAUAGAUAUCCGCAUUCGAUCUGCUCUCUAGGACACCCUCCGCAGGAGCCAAGGCUCAGGAGCAACAGAUCCAAACCGAACAAGAAAUCCUCUCCGACCGCCCCCCCCUCCAGCCGCCGCAGGACGGAGCGGCCCCGGUGCCACGCCACGACCCGCAAGCCCAGCCCGGCGGGACACACCGGCCCCCGGUGCCGCCAGAGGCGCCGCCAUCGCCCCGCCAGGCGGGGCAGCGCGGGCCGGGCGCGGCGCCCCCUGCAGGCCGGCGGCGGCAGCGGGAAAGCUUCUAGAAACUGCCAGAGCCUUCCCCGACCGCCCCCCCGCCCCGCGCACCCCCCUCCUUCCUCUCCCGCCCCCUUCCCCGAGCACAGCCCGCGCUGCCUCGCAGCCCCUUCCCUCGCUCGCCUUGGCCGCGCUCCCCGUCGGCACCGCCCGCCAGCCCCUCCAUCUUGCGCCCGUGGCCGGGCGCCCAUUCAUUGA